UUGCAAUACACAAAUGGAUUGAAGAAAAGUUCGGAGAGGAGCGGAACGUCGAAUGUUUUGGAGAUUAUAAAAGUGAAUUUUUCGUGUAUUUAGUGAUUUAGAAAGUGCAAACCUUGUUAUAAAUAAAGCCUAAAGUGUGGUGAUAAUGUUACAGCUCGAUUAAAAACAUCAGUGGAACAAUAUAACUUAUUAGGGCGUGUUGGGAAGAAGCAAGCGUACAUAUCGGUUUAAUGGCCGAGAUUGCUUGUAGCUGCUUUUGUGUCCCACUUGGAGGUGACUUGGCCGCUUGAAAAACCUUAUCGAAGCAGGUCCGCCGUCGGAUUGCAUCUACGUGUCGUAUUGUUCCGUUGCAAAACAUUUUUUUCGACAAAAAAUUGGCGGAAUUUUCCUAUUAAAUAUAGCAGUGUACACAUAAUUUCUCUCUAGAUUGCUUGCUGUUUCUAACUUAAAAAGCGGUAGCGAACAUUUCUGGCGUGUAGUGCAUCUAAUUUUAACUGUCGGGGCCAGGCAAGUACUACUAUAGAGGAAUGGGCUAAUAUGCCAUGUUGGAAGGAAGGAGAACAAGAUUAAGUUCUGCCAAACAUACCUCCUCUGUAAAUUCCACUGGCAAAUCGAAAACCAGCUUGUUAGAGGAUAGCAGCUUGCUCUCCCCCAAUGACUCCGGUACCAUGACUCGAAAGCCGAUCAGAACCAGGCGACCGAGGAUACCUAUACUGCAGUCCGGGUACUGUGCCAUUUGCAGCUUACCUUACAACAGCAUCGAAGAUCAUAUUCAGUCGAAAAAACAUCUGAAAUUGAUCGGAGAAGAUGCCAAUUACAUAGCUCUGAACGGUUACAUUCAUUCUGACGUUGGCAUCCAAUCCUUACUGAGUUUAACCGGCAUCGAGGCAAUAGGUUACGAGGAUUUCACUUCUCCAAGAAUAAGACGAAGGACAAUGUCAAAAACUAAAUCUUCUUCCAUAAUGUCGGAUGUGGUCAAACCGGUCGAAGUUGUAGAAAACGAAUCGAAACAUCGGCUGAGAUCGCGGAAAAACAUUAACUACAUGACGCCACCUUUGGAGGAAGACAGCUUUCAGGAUAAACCGGAUCUGGAACCUGUACGUUUUGAGUAUAAGGAGUAUAGAGAGUUGAGGUCUAGUACAAGAGCAUUAGCCAAACUCACGUCGCUGACAACCGAUCAAGAAUUGUGGGAUUCAGGACGGCCAAAAAGGUCGUGUAUUAACAGAUCUAAGAGAGUUUCGGCAGAUGAACGGCUAGUAUCAGAUAAUAAGACAUAUUACAAAGUAGAAGUUCUAUCAAAUAAACUUCGUUCAAAUGAAAAGGACAAGGAACCCACAAAACAGCAGCAGUCAAAAAACGAUACUGAUAAAGGACUCAUUGUCAAAUUCAAAAAACUUCGAAAUUCUGAGCUAGUUCAAUUGAAUAAUGAGGCAACAAACUUUUUGUUCCCUAAAAAGGACGAGUCGAGUGAGGAUGAGGAAGAGGGCCAUGAGGAUGAGACAAAUGAGACUGAAGAUGAGGUCAAGACCGAAUCUGAACCAACUGAAAUAACAUCUUCGAGUGAGCUUGAAGAAGUUAAACCGCCGGAUAAAUUCAAGGUUGAAGAGGAAUGUUCAUUGGACAGUAUCUCAUCGGAAUGUAGAAAGAGGCGGAAAAGAAGAAGUCAUGCCGAAGCUUUUAUAAUGGAUAAUCAAAAGUAUUACAAAUUUGAAACGCCAGGGUCAAGUUCUUACAGAUUACGGUAUCACGGUUCCUAUUUAUCACCUGUACCAACAAAAUCCAAUGGCGAAGUUACAGUGAAAAUCGAAAAAGAUUUGGAGGAAAAGAAGGACGCCAUCGACAGACUGAAAAUUAACGCGAACGAUUACACUUUUUCUUUUGAGACCGUUCCGGAAAAUGAAAAAUGGUACAAGACUUUCCAGAGACAAGAUAGAUCGGAAGAACGUUAUCCGUUUAGUCGAAAUUACUUUUGGAACGAUUUUGUUUUGCCAUGCAAAAUAUCGCACUUAAAACCCUUAGAUCCUAGAAUGUGCUUUAGUGCAUACAAAGCAAUCCUAAAUGGUGUCUUAGACUCCCAUACUGAGAAACUUUCUGAAGAGCCAGUUACAGAAGACGUUGCAGAAAGCGUAGAAAUGUCCGACUCAGUGCUAGAGGAAAAGGAAGAAGAGGAAGAUCCAGAAGUAGAACAAAUGGAUGAAGAUAGCAAGUUGAGUGACUUGUCCACUGUAUCAACAAAUGUAGAAGAACAACCUCCAGAAGAAGUUGAGACGCGUCGUGUAGGAAGGCGACGAAAAUGUUUGACGUUAUCUCCUACGACGAGCGGAGGACGAAAUCCCAGAAAAUCUCCAAGACAGCAUGCAUCCACCUUGGCUAUUUUAAGUCUGAUCCAUCAGAGAAAGAGGCGACUUCGAACAGGAGCCACGGGCAACUCCUCUCCGGCGUUACAAACCAUUCCGGAAGAACCAACACCGGCACCACCAGUUGCACAUCGAAAGUCCCCUCCUCAGAAACCGAGGAAGAAGAAAAUAGACCUCGUCGCCAACGCUAUUCGCAUGGAAGAGGAAUUCGACGCUCUACUCGACGAAGACGUAGAUCUAAAUUUGGAACCGACAACAGAUCCAGAUUAUGCAAGUUUUAAAGACAGCAGACUGAACGUGGACGAUAUAAUGACCCUGUUUGAACAAUCUAAGAUUCGAGAAAAUGAAAAAAUCGUCAAGAAAAUGUACAACGGGCCUACAGGAAGGAAACCCAGUAAGAGAAAGAAGAACAAGACUGGCUGGCCCAAGGUAAAGAAAAGGAAGGUGUUGAAAGGCGAGAACGAAAGCGUGGCCGGCGAUCUAAACAAUGCGGACACCGAUGAUGAAGACGGUGAAGAACACGACGAUUGCGACAGUAUUACGGAAGGAGACGGAAAUCACAACCACAAAACGGGCGACGUUGAUGAUUUCGAUUCGGACAGGGUAGUAGAUAAUAGUGAACUUAGGGAUAAUAGUACAAUGCAACCGUUUGUGUUUGUGAAAAAACUAGCCAGUAGUGGAACUAGCGUUAAUAAGAAACCGGCCGUUCCAUUAAAACGAACGGUACGGCCGAUGCGACGAAAGCAGAGGCCAGAGGCGCGUAAUGACGUCUCCAAAGUCUCCGCGAAUUCUCCGGAAGCCACGUGGUCGAUGGUAUCGCGAAAGAUAAACGUAGUGAACAAGUGUAUUUAUUUAUUUUUUUCUUUCUCUUAGUUCUCUGAGAGAUAACUUGAAAAUAUUUUGUACCAAAAUAUUUAAUUUUGUAGGAGUAAUUUAAUUUUGUAUCUAGGGGCGAGGCAACUGGUACUGAUUUAUCACGUCACAUUGUACAUAAAAUAAAGUAUUAUUUUGUUAAUUGUUAAAAGAAUACCAGUUACUCGUCUAAUUUUUAUGAAACAGAUAAAAGUUUGUUCUUUCAGAAAUAAAUGGUUUAUAAUACAAACA